AUGCCAAACGUCGAUUUACCCACCGAAGUCAUUCUAAUAAUCAUAUCUCAUCUGGCGAGAAGCGAUGUCUUACGUUUAUUGACAAUCAAUCAGCAUUGGUUUUACGUUGCGAGUUCAUUUCUCUAUCGCAAUCUUACGCUUCGCAAUGGCGAUCAUUUCAAGGCAUGCAGUAACCUGUUUCAGGAAACUGCAAAAAAGAGACGUAGACCGAGCCUCGGCUUUUACUCAAAACACAAUUACGCACAACUAGUACGUUGUCUGGAUCUUUCACGACUGGAACAAUACACCUUGAUAACAGACGAAACGUUCCGACGGUUGACAAUCGACUGCAUUCACCUGGAGACCCUGAAUAUCUAUAAUUGUCACAAUUUAACGAAUGACGCGGUCACCCGGAUUCUGAAGCAUAAUCGCGGACUACGGCAUCUCUAUUUGGCAGUCGCCACAGGGCUUGACGCGCGAUGUCUUCUCGAUGCACGUGAAACAGUGCAACAGUUGAAAACUCUCAAUCUCUACUACGUGCCGAUGUUUUUCUGUAACAACGUAUCUCGCAGACAUAUUCGAUCGCUUCAAGACUGCUUUCCAAACUUACACACGCUCACAAUAAGCGCCAUGGAGCUGAAGAAACACGUGGGAUACGAUACGUUGGCAAAAUGCUUCAAAUCUAUACGUCGGUUAUGGAUGCAAUAUAGCCGGCCCGAAGAAAUAGCCGCAUAUCUAUAUCACUGUCAAGCAUUGGAAGACCUUACCUUAAUCCAUCCAGAUUUGCGUAACACUGGGUUAAACCACUUGCCACCACGGCUGAAAACUUUCGAAAUCAGUGUACACCGCUUCUACCCGGGAAAUGUGGAUGACAUUCGCAACUACGAUGUCGGACGGGUACAAAGACUUGCCUUCAAGGCGUUGAAGACAAAAGAUUUCUUGCAGGUGUUAAGACGAAUAUGGCCCGAUCAACUAAAAAAGCUGACAUGUCCUAACGGAACGACGGAUGAAGUGAUUGAUGUAUUGGUGGAGCGCUUUCCUGGUUUAACCUCCCUGCGACUCCGAUAUGGAUCCAUCACUGUGGAAGGUCUGAGGAAGUUGUUGAAAACUUUCCAAUUCACCGAAUUCGUCUUUGAUGGUGCCGUGAUAAAGGAUGCAUCCACGGCCACAGACCUUUGGUCUGCGCUUGAAGAAUGGAAGAAUCCUCAUCUGCACACACUUAUACUGGAUGUAGAUGGUAUCACGGUCGAACUUAUGCGUCAGUUUCCCAACCUGUAUCCCAACUUGCGUGUAUUGAGGUUCAAAUACCGACCAGGGACAGAUGUCUCGGAAUAUGUCAACUUCCUCCUGUCAUUCAAGCAUCUUGAAGCCCUUGAUAUCGCGGACACCCUUGAUAUAUUCGAUCCUUAUCUACCGACAUUGCCAUCGCCGUAUGAGGAAAUGUAUCAAAAAUUAAGAAACGAGUUUGAAUUCUGGAAUAAACGUGAUUCAAUAUGGUAA